AUGUCAAGCACUAGCCAAGAAGGCGAAGACAGCAUUCGGCAAGGGGAAACUUGUGACGAAAAUUGGAAUGGGCCCGACGACCCGGGCAACCCGAAGAAUUUCUCUACGGCUCGAAAGGUGUUAGUUACGCUUAAUUUGGCUUUCAUGGUCUUCAUUAGUGCGUUCUCGUCCUCGGUCCUAAGUCCAGCAACCGAACAGUUAUCCGAGGAGUAUGGUAUAUCGACAGAAGUAUGCAUUCUUGCAACUGCUCUCUACGUCCUUGGGUUCGCAUUUGGCCCAAUGCUUUUUGGGCCUACUUCUGAAGUGCUUGGUCGCAAGUAUCCUCUCGCCAUUGGCAUCUUCAUCUCUGCUAUGUUCACGAUACCAGUCGCAGUAGCACAGAACCCACAAACUGUUUUCGUCUGCCGUUUCCUCGCCGGAACGUUCGGAGUUGCGCCGUUAUCAAUUGCAGGGGGCGCUCUGGCCGAUAUGUAUGACCCUCUAUCCCGUGGGAUCGCAGUCGCCGGCUUUGCGAGUGCAUCAUUUCUAGGUCCGGUAGCUGGGCCAAUAGUCGGAGGCUUUGUCACGAUGUCCCAUCUAGGUUGGCGUUGGACACAAUGGAUUACGCUAAUAGCGAUCUUGACCUUCUUGUUGAUGUUUCUCAUAAUUGUCCCCGAGACGUAUGGUCCUGUUAUAUUAUCCCGCCGGGCUGAGAAACUACGUCAUGAAACUCGUAAUUGGGCUCUCCAUGCCAAAGCUGACGAGAGACGGAUCACAGCGAAGAACAUCGGACAAGUAUACGUACUGAAACCUUGGAUCAUGGUGGUGCAAGAGCCCAUCUUGGCUCUCAUAACAUUGUAUAUUGGGUUCAUCUAUGGAUUCCUGUAUCUUUGUUUUGAAGCUUAUCCUAUAGCAUUUGAGCAGCAACGUGGAUGGAACCUAGGAGUGGGUGCUCUCCCCUUUCUUGGUAUCACCGUGGGUGUGCUUGUGGGUAUCGCGAUAAUUAUCCUCCAUACAAAAACACGAAUGCGACGCAAAACGGAGGCGCAUGGCGAAGUUCCUGAAGAACGGUUGAUACCUAUGAUUUUAGCAAGCUUCUUGAUGCCUAUUGGAAUGUUCUGGUUCGCAUGGACAUCAAACCCCCACAUAACCUGGGUACCGCAAGUGAUUUCGAGCUGCUUCCUUGGAUGUGGGAUCUUGUUGAUAUUCUUGCAGGGAUUGAACUACUUGAUAGACGUCUAUAAGAUGAACGCGAAUUCUGCUAUUGCCAUUAAUGCCAUGUUUCGUGGUGUUUUGGGUGCUGGCUUUCCUAUGUUCUCUACAUAUAUGUUCCAUAAUCUUGGAGUACCCUGGGCUAUGUCAUUGCUUGGGUUUUUCAGCAUUGCGAUGAUCCCUGUACCGAUCCUCUUCUAUAUAUACGGCGCAAAGAUUCGGAAGUGGAGUAGAUUCAGUCCUUAUUGA